AAUGCGUUUCAACACAUUUCUACAAACCAAUCUCUGCAGUUGACGGACUAUGGCGCUAAUAUCUGACCAAGGAUUUCAUUUCGGGAUAUUAAUCUCUCUCUUUCUCGGUUCCUGGAGUAUUGUGUCCGGGCAGAUCGUGUAUACCCUUUUGGAGGAGACGAAUCCAGGAACAGCUGUUGGGAAUUUGGCAAAGGAUUUUAACCUUAAUGUGCAAGAUCUUGAGCAUCGAGGAUUUCAAAUAGUGGAUGGACCUUAUAAGAGGUACUUUGAUCUAAAUUCGAAGACUGGUGUUCUCUAUGUCAGGGAGAAAAUAGACAGAGACGAGGUAUGUGUACGGAGCUUAAAGUGCCCCUUAGAAUUAGAAGCCAUUGUUAACUCGCCUUUAAACAUGUAUAGGUUUGAAGUCAAUGUUUCAGACAUAAACGACAACGCACCUGUAUUUAUUUCGUCUGUGCGUGAAAUAAAUGUGUCGGAGUCCGCAUUUCCAGGCGAAAGGUUUGCUUUGCCCGUUGCAUAUGACAAAGAUGUUGGCAGUAACUCGGUUAGAAAUUAUAAAAUAAGCUCGAACGAGCACUUUUCUUUAGACAUCCAGCACGGAGGAGAGAGUGUGUCGGCAGAAUUAGUGUUACAGAAAGCCCUGGACAGGGAAAAGCAAUCUGUCAUACAGCUUACCCUUACCGCUUUAGAUGGAGGGAAGCCUUCUAAAUCGGGGACAGCAAAAAUACUAGUUAAUGUUAUGGACGUGAAUGAUAAUAUUCCUUUAUUUAAUAAGCCCUUAUAUAAAGCUCAAGUUUAUGAAAAUGCACCUCCUGGUGCGUCUGUUAUUACUGUUAAAGCAAAUGAUUUAGACGAUGGUGUAAAUGGUGAAAUAGUAUAUUCAUUCCUCAAUCCAGAUGAUGGUCGUCAGAUGCAUACCUUCAACAUCAACAGUCAAACAGGCGAAAUCGUAGUGGCCGGAGACUUAGACCAUGAAACAAAUCCUGCAAUAGAAGUUCGUGUUAAGGCCACUGACAGAGGGCAUAAUCCUCGCGCUGCAUUUUCUAAAGUUCUCGUUGAAGUUCUGGAUGUAAAUGACAAUAUUCCUGAAAUAUCUAUCACAUCAUUAGCGCAUAUUCUCAAAGAAGAUUCGCCUAUAGGUACAAUGGUAGGAUUAAUAACUGUUAAAGAUGCGGAUGCCGGUCAAAACGGAGCCGUGAAUCUAAAGAUUCUCGGCUCAGUGCCAUUUAAGAUAGCCCGUACCUACAAAAAUAGGUACUCGUUAACGGUAGAUGGUCCUUUGGACAGAGAGAAGAUAUCGAAAUAUGAUAUCACCAUUAAAGCGACAGAUGAGGGAACCCCACCCCUCUCUAGUACCAGUGUUAUUGCUAUAAGUGUUUCUGAUGUAAAUGAUAACGCGCCGCAGUUCUCAGAGCAUGUCAUAAAUAUUUACGUUAAAGAGAACAGCCCCGUUGGCUCCAUAAUUCACACUAUGUCAGCAUUUGAUCCGGACGUAGACGACAAUGCUAAGUUGUCGUACUCACUAAGUGAAAUUUCGCAAAGUGUAGCACUUAGCAUUAACUCCGUCACUGGUGAUUUACUCGCACUGCAAUCGUUUAACUUUGAGGAAACUAAAAGCCUUCAGUUUCAGGUUCAGGCUACUGACUCUGGUGUGCCUCCUCAGAGGAGCAACGCCACUGUCAACGUUUUUAUUUUAGAUGAGAAUGACAACUCUCCAGCCAUUCUUCCUCCUUAUUCAGAGCAUGGCUCCAUUAACAGCGAAAACAUUCCCUACAGUGCUGAAGCUGGUUACUUUGUGGGCAAGAUCAGGGGUGUAGACGCAGACUCUGGAUAUAACGCGCUGCUUUCUUAUCACAUCUCUGAACCCAAAGGAAAUAACCUCUUCCGAAUCGGAACCAGCAACGGAGAAAUCAGGACUAAAAGGCGCAUGAGCGACAAUGACAUGAAAACUCACCCUUUAGUCAUUUUGGUCUCUGAUAAUGGAGAGCCUUCUUUGUCAGCUACAGUUUCUAUUGACGUUGUUGUUGUUGAAAGUACAGGAGAAAUUCAAACUCAGUUUAGACAUGUUCCUGUUAAGGAUGAUACGUUUUCGGAUUUAAAUCUGUAUUUGCUUAUCGCCAUUGUCUCAGUGUCGGUCAUAUUUUUACUGAGUCUCAUCAGCUUGAUAGCUGUAAAAUGCCACAGGACAGACAGUAGUUUCAGUGACAACAACCCCCCAAUGAUCACCACACAUCCUGAUGGAACCUGGUCUUACUCCAAAUCUACACAGCAGUAUGACGUCUGUUUUAGCUCCGACACACUGAAGAGUGACAUGGUAGUUUUCCCCGCACCAUUUCCUCCGGCAGACGCAGAACUGAUUAAUAUUAAUGGAGGGGAAACUUUCUCCAGGACACAAACACUCCCCAACCAAGAAAAGGUAAGGCGAAGGCUGGUGAACACAGACUGCUGUUGACUGAUCGUGUCUUUAAGCAUAAACCCCACUGUUUAAUACUGUGGGAGCUGUCCAUGGUGAUGCAGUGUUAUCUCUUUUUUUGACUGCACUCUUUAAUCUAUCUCUCUAUCUAUCUAUCUCUCUAUCUAUUUCUCUUUCUAUCUCUCUAUCUAUAUAC